CCGGCCGGCGCGGCCUGAACCAGCGGCGAUGGCUAGCGCGCCCCUGCCUGGGCCCCCCGCGUCGGCGGGCGGGGACGGCCCGAAUCUCAACAACAACAACAACAACAACAACCACAGCGUGCGCAAGUGCGGCUACCUGCGCAAGCAGAAGCACGGCCACAAGCGCUUCUUCGUGCUGCGCGGCCCCGGCACGGGCAGCGAUGAGGCAGCUGGGGCCGGGGGGUCGCCGCCGCUGCCGCCGCGGCUGGAGUACUACGAGAGCGAGAAGAAGUGGAAGAGCAAGGCGGGCGCGCCGAAGCGAGUGAUCGCGCUCGACUGCUGCCUGAACAUCAACAAGCGCGCGGACGCCAAGCACAAGUACCUGAUCGCCCUCUACACCAAGGACGAGUACUUCGCCGUGGCAGCGGAGAACGAGCAGGAGCAGGAGGGGUGGUACCGCGCGCUCACCGACUUGGUCAGCGAGGGCCGCUCUGGCGAUGGGGGCUCGGGCACUGCGGCCACCGGCGGGUCCUGCAGCGCCUCUCUCCCGGGCGUCCUGGGCGGCUCGGCGGGCGCCGCUGGCUCCGAUGACUACGGGCUCGUGACGCCCGCCACGGCAGUCUACCGCGAGGUGUGGCAGGUGAACCUGAAGCCCAAGGGCCUGGGCCAGAGCAAGAACCUGACGGGUGUAUACCGCCUAUGCCUGUCUGCGCGCACCAUCGGCUUCGUGAAGCUCAAUUGCGAACAGCCGUCGGUGACGCUGCAGCUUAUGAACAUUCGGCGCUGCGGCCACUCGGACAGCUUCUUCUUCAUCGAGGUGGGCCGCUCGGCCGUCACCGGUCCUGGCGAGCUGUGGAUGCAAGCCGAUGACUCGGUGGUGGCGCAGAACAUCCACGAGACCAUCCUGGAGGCCAUGAAGGCGCUCAAGGAGCUCUUCGAGUUCAGGCCUCGCAGCAAGAGUCAGUCGUCCGGGUCGUCCGCGACUCACCCCAUCAGCGUGCCGGGCGCGCGCCGCCACCACCACCUAGUCAAUCUACCCCCUAGCCAGACCGGCCUGGUGCGCCGCUCGCGCACCGACAGCCUGGCGGCCACUCCGCCAGCAGCCAAGUGCACCUCUUGCCGGGUCCGUACGGCCAGCGAGGGCGACGGCGGCGCGGCUGCCGGCACUGGGACGGCGGGAGGCAGACCGCUGUCGGUGGCAGGGAGCCCCUUGAGUCCCGGGCCGGUGCGCGCGCCCCUUAGCCGCUCGCACACCCUGAGCGGCGGCUGCGGAGGCCGCCCGAGCAAAGUGACUCUGGCGCCGGCAGGGGGAGCCCUGCAACACAGCCGUUCCAUGUCCAUGCCCGUGGCGCACUCGCCGCCCGCAGCCACCAGCCCCGGCAGCCUGUCCUCCAGCAGUGGGCACGGCUCGGGCUCCUACCCGCUGCCUCCCGGCCCCCACCCGCACCUGCCUCAUCCGCUGCACCACUCCCAAGGCCAGCGUCCUUCCAGCGGUAGUGCCUCCGCCUCGGGCUCCCCCAGUGACCCCGGUUUCAUGUCCCUUGACGAGUAUGGCUCCAGCCCUGGCGACCUAAGAGCCUUCAGUAGCCACAGGAGCAACACACCCGAGUCAAUCGCGGAGACUCCUCCAGCCAGGGAGGGCAGUGGGGGCGAACUCUACGGGUACAUGAGCAUGGAUAGGCCCCUGAGCCACUGUGGCCGCCCUUACCGUAGAGUCUCUGGGGAUGGGGCUCAGGACCUGGACCGAGGACUGAGGAAGAGGACUUACUCCCUGACCACGCCUGCCCGGCAGCGGCAGGUACCCCAGCCUUCCUCUGCCUCCCUGGAUGAGUACACUCUGAUGCGGGCCACCUUUUCUGGCAGUUCGGGUCGCCUCUGCCCAUCCUUCCCUGCGUCCUCUCCCAAAGUGGCCUACAACCCUUACCCAGAGGACUAUGGGGACAUUGAGAUUGGCUCUCACAAGAGUUCCAGCAGUAACCUGGGGACAGAUGAUGGCUACAUGCCCAUGACCCCUGGGGCAGCCCUUAGGAGUGGUGGCCCCAAUAGCUGUAAGAGUGAUGACUACAUGCCUAUGAGCCCCACCAGUGUGUCUGCCCCCAAGCAGAUUCUGCAGCCUCGUUUGCCUGCAGCGGCAGCCUUGCCCCCCUCUGGAGCAGCAGCAGCAGCAGCAGCGCCAGCACCCCCUUCAGGGCCUGGCAGGACCUUCCCAGUGAAUGGAAGCAGCUACAAAGCCAACUCCCCAGCAGAGAGCUCCCCAGAGGAUAGCGGGUACAUGCGGAUGUGGUGUGGCUCCAAGCUGUCCAUGGAGAACGCAGACCCAAAGCUGCUCCCCAACGGGGACUACCUCAACAUGUCCCCCAGCGAGGCGGGCACCGCUGGCACCCCUCCUGACUUCUUCUCAGCAGCUUUGCGUGGAGGCAGCGAGGGCCUCAAAGGCGUUCCUGGCCACUGCUACAGCUCUUUGCCCCGCUCUUAUAAGGCUCCCUAUUCUUGCGGGGACAGUGACCAAUAUGUGCUCAUGAGCUCCCCUGUGGGGCGGAUCUUGGAAGAGGAGAGGCUGGAGCCCCAGGCAAGCCCAGGGUCUGGCACCUUUGGGGUAGCUGGGAGUGGUCACACCCAGCCUCAUCACUCAGCAGUGCCUUCCCCCAUGAGGCCAAGCGGCAGUGGUGGCUGCCGCCCUGAGGGCUUCCUGGGUCAACGCUGUCGGGCAGUACGCCCCACACGCCUGUCGCUGGAGGGUCUACAGACCCUUCCCAGCAUGCAAGAGUACCCUCUACCCGCAGAGCCCAAGAGCCCUGGCGAGUACAUCAACAUUGACUUUGGGGAGGCCGGUACCCGUCUGUCUCCGCCUGCUCCCCCACUGCUGGCAUCGGCGGCCUCAUCUUCUUCGCUGCUCUCAGCCAGUAGCCCUGCUUCGUCCCUGGGUUCAGGUACCCCAGGCACCAGCAGCGACAGCCGGCAGCGCUCCCCGCUCUCUGAUUAUAUGAACCUGGACUUCAGUUCUCCCAAGUCCCCUAAGCCUAGCACCCGCAGCGGGGACACAGUGGGCUCCAUGGAUGGCGUUCUCUCCCCGGAGGCCUCAUCCCCAUACCCACCGCUGCCCCCUCGUCCUUCUGCCUCCCCUUCCUCCCUGCAGCAGCCUGUGCCACCCGCCCCAGGAGAACUGUACCGCCUGCCUCCAGCAGCAGCUUCCCCAUCCCAGGGCCCCACUGCUGCCUCCUCAGUGUCCUCUGAGCCUGGGGAUAAUGGUGACUAUACCGAGAUGGCCUUUGGUGUGGCUGCCACCCCGCCACAACCUAUAGCAGCACCCCCAAAGCCAGAAGGUGCCCGAGUGACUAGUCCUACAUCGGGUUUAAAGAGGCUAAGUCUCAUGGAUCAGGUGUCUGGGGUGGAGGCCUUCCUUCAAGUCAGCCAGCCCCCUGACCCCCACCGGGGUGCUAAGGUCAUCCGUGCAGACCCGCAGGGGGGACGUCGUCGCCACAGUUCAGAGACCUUCUCUUCUACCACCACUGUCACCCCAGUGUCCCCAUCCUUUGCCCACAACUCCAAGCGCCACAAUUCGGCCUCUGUGGAAAAUGUCUCUCUCAGGAAAAGCAGUGAAGGCAGUGGCAUCCUGGGAGGAAGUGAUGAGCCACCCACAUCUCCAGGACAGGUACAGCCCUCAGUGGCUGUGCCCCUAGCGCCACAGGCUAGGCCAUGGAACCCUGGUCAGCCUGGAGCUUUGAUUGGCUGUCCAGGAGGUAGCAGUUCUCCCAUGCGCAGAGAGACCUCGGUGGGUUUCCAGAACGGCCUCAACUAUAUCGCCAUCGAUGUGAGGGGUGAGCAGGGGUCCUUGUCGCAGUCUCAGCCGCAGCACCCACAGCCAGGAGACAAGAGCUCCUGGGGCCGGACCCGUAGCCUUGGGGGGCUCCUCAGCACCGUCGGAGGCACUGGCACCAGUGGCGUGUGUGGGGGCCCAGGCACUGGAGCCUUGCCCUCUGCCAGCACCUACGCAAGCAUCGACUUCUUGUCCCAUCACUUGAAGGAAGCCACGGUGGUGAAAGGUGAGGUCCUCUGACCUUGAGGAUGGGAGGGAGGGU